AAAGAGACUAUAUGUGCUUGAGAAGGGAGAGUCUUCCUUUCGCUCCGACGAUGGACAUAGACUUUGGUGUCAAGGUCGCGGUAAGGUGGUUCCUCGGCUGGAUCGCGGCUGCGUUUUUGCUUGUGAUAUUUCCGUUGGUGGUGCCUUGCAUGGUGGGGUUUCGUAAGAUCCGCAGCGCUUUCACGAGCUCCAAGACGAUUAGAGGCAAUGUGGUGAUUGUUACGGGGUCUUCGUCUGGAAUCGGCAGCUUCAUAGCUUUGGAGUACGCAAGAUAUGGUGCAAGGCUGGUGCUGGUGGCACGAAGAGAGAACAAGCUAAGAGAAGUGGCGGAAGCGUGCUUGGAGGCUGGAGCUAUGGACGCAGCCGUGUGUCCAGCUGAUCUCACAAAGGAAUGCGAUUGCCGACGCAUCGUGGAGUUCACAGUUUCUAGAUUUGGUCGAGUUAAUGUUCUCGUCAACAAUGCUGGCAUGGCCGAGAGCGGACUUUUUGAGGAUUAUGAAACUACUGGCAGCUUUCGACAAACAAUGGACGUCGAUUUCCUGGGGGCCGUGCUCACCACAAAGCAUGCAUUGGAACAUCUCGCGCGAGCCAAAGGUCAGCUGGUGGUGGUAGCAUCAGUCGCAGCCUAUUGUCCAUAUCCUCGCCAGGCUCCAUACAACGCCGCGAAAGCUGCCUUGGUCCAGUUCUUCGACACCCUUCGCACUGAACCAAUCGGUCGAUUGAUCGACAUCACAAUCGUAAUGCCGGGCUUCGUAGCAUCGGAGAUGACAGCCCACGCAGAGGGGCACAUACCAUGGUGGUGGCCGAUGAUACCGAGCGGGGACGCCGCCAAGGCCGUGGUGGACGCCAGCAUCUCGAGGAAACGCCACGCGAUCGUCCCAAGCUGGUACUCUUCCUGGCUUCCUUACCGAGCCUUCGCCCCGGAGCUCAUGGAAUGGCUACCGCGCGCGACGCUGGUGGGGAAGCCGCCAUCGAUCAUGGUGAAUCGAGCCCUAAACGCGAUUCUAGGCGAGGAGCUCACCAGCAAGCUCUUCCGCGCCAUCGCCGCGCUAAAUUUUUGAAUUUCAAAAAGAUGCUAGCAUUAUUCCAAGGCUGUCCGGAAUGGUAAUGGGCCCCUGGCCGAAAGCCGGGAGAGAUGUACGGCAGGCGAUAUGUCAUAUUUACUUAGUGCUUUGAUAGCCAGCUUCCUCGCU